AUGCGCCGGGCGCUGCCCCCGCCCCGCCGCGCUGAGGAGGUGCCCGGAGGACAGGCACCCCCCCGCUCCGGUACCCACCACGCCCGGCUCCCCCCCUCCCCUUCCCCUUCCCUCACAGCCUCACCCCACCCUGUCCCAUUCCCCUCCCUUCUCCAGAUGACCACCGAGAGCGGCCAGCAGAGGCUGGAGCCCCCCGUCCCUCUCCGCUCCUGCAGCCCGGCUCCCGGAGCUCUCCAGAUGAGCCGGCCGCCUUCCUCCGCCCUGGAGACCUCCACCUCCUCUUCCUCCACCUCCACCUCCUCCUCCUCUUCGGCGGCGGCGGCGGCAUCCUCAAAGAGCAAGAAGGCCAGCUCGGGGCUGCGGCGUCCGGAGAAGCCCCCUUACUCCUACAUCGCCCUCAUUGUCAUGGCCAUCCAGAGCUCGCCUUCCAAGCGCCUGACCCUCAGCGAGAUCUACCAGUUCCUGCAGGCCCGCUUCCCCUUCUUCCGUGGCUCCUACCAAGGCUGGAAGAACUCGGUGCGCCAUAACCUCUCUCUCAACGAGUGCUUCAUCAAGCUGCCCAAGGGCUUGGGCCGCCCGGGCAAGGGUCACUACUGGACCAUCGAUCCGGCCAGCGAGUUCAUGUUUGAGGAAGGUUCCUUCCGACGGCGGCCCCGUGGCUUCAGGAGGAAAUGCCAGGCGCUGAAGCCCAUGUACCGCAUGAUGAACGGGCUGGGCUUCGGAGCUUCCAUCCUCCCGCAGGGCUUCGACUUCCAGGGGCCCCCCGCCUCCCUUGCCUGCCACUCCAAUGGCUACAACCUCGACAUGAUGCCCAACGCCAUGACCAGCGGCUACGAGGGACUCAGUGGCGGCCACCAUGUCCCCCACAUGUCGCCCAACCCCGGCUCGACCUACAUGGCCAGCUGCCCGGUGACUGCCAAUGGGGACUACGGCCCCGACAGCAGCAGCAGCCCCGUGCCCUCCUCGCCGGCCAUGGCGAGCGCCAUCGAGUGCCACUCGCCCUACACGAGCCCUUCGGCUCACUGGACAGCCUCGGGGGCCUCUCCCUACAUAAAGCAGCAGGGUCUUCCCGCCGCCAAUGCUGCAUCCUCGGGCAUCCACUCCAGCGUGCCCUCCUACUCCCUGGAGCAGGGAUAUCUGCAUCAAAGCCCCCGCGAUGACCUCUCAGUGGGAUUGCCUCGCUACCAGCAUCACCCGUCUCCGGUGUGUGACAGGAAAGAUUUUGUCCUCAAUUUUAACGGCAUUUCCUCGUUUCACCCGUCCGCUGGUGGAUCUUACUACCACCACCACCACCACCAAAGCGUCUGUCAGGACAUCAAGCCCUGUGUGAUGUGA